UGGAGUGUGCGGUAUUUUAUGUGCAAAAUUAAUUAGUAAUUUGAAAACGUAUUAAAACAUAAUGGGUUUCAGUGAUGGACGUAUAAUUUUAAAUAGUGAAAAUGGCGUUUAUUACCCUGGUCAGAGACUUUGCGGCCGAUUAGAAUUUGAUCAGGAAACUGUUAAAACAUUCCGCGGUAUAUACGUAAAAAUUAAGGGCUUCUGUAAGAUACAUUGGACAACUCAGCACAGCAGACGCGAGGGGGACCGCGACGUUCAUUACACAGUCACACACGAGUCUUACGAGGAAUACAUCAGGCAGAAGAUAUACCUCGCUGGAAGUGACAGCGGCGAUCAUCAUUUACAACCGGGUCACCACGUGUUCUCCUUCGAAUGUCCGAUCCCUGUCAACUGUCCCUCAUCGUUCGAGGACUCCGAUGGCCAUAUUCGGUACCAAAUCAAGAUAGUUGUGGACCGAGCUUUUAAGUUGGACCAAGAGAAGAUGGCUUUGUUCAGGAUUGUAGCUCCCGUUGACUUGAAUUUAAUUCCUUCCGUCCGUGAGCCAAUAGCUUUCGACUUUCAACAAAGCUUUUGCUGUUGGUGCGUCAGUUCAGGCUCCGCAACGACCCUGGUCAAGUUGCCAGUUUCAGGAUUCUGCCCUGGGCAGAUGAUGCCCAUCGAAGUCAGCUGUACCAAUAACAGCAAUGUGGAAAUUGAGGAGAUCGUUUUUAUGCUCACAAGGGAGACGACCUUCAGAGCUGAAAUGGAGCCGGACUCCCGCCACCGGGAAGAGGACAUCGCUGAAUUAAAGAAGGGCCCGGUGCCCGGGAACAGCUCGAGGAAUUGGGUCGUUGAGAUGUUGGUGCCCACGAUAGACGUACCUAACUUGGAUAGCUGUCGGUUCAUCGAUAUCAAUUAUAAAUUUAAGGUCAACAUCACAGUUCCAAGCUGCCAUGAGGAUGAGUCAGAUUUGUGCUAUAUCACCAUCGGAACUAUACCACUAGUUGGCUUCCAAGAUGAUGUAGGGAAUCCCUUACAAGACCAGUUACCUAAAAUCCAAGAUAUACCUCAAAAUACUUGUUACCCACCACCUCCUGUUACGACCCAACCUUUACCCAACUCGUACCCGAAUGUACCUCAGUAUCCGGGUAACAAUGCUCAAUAUCCUGGUGCAAAUCAACCCUACCCCGGUGCAAUUCAACCUUACCCCGGUGCUAAUCAGCCUUACCCUGGUGCCAAUCAACCAUACCCUGGUGCUAACCAACCUUACCCAGCUUCCAACCAGCCCUACCCUAACAACGUACCGUACCCCAACGCCAACAUGCCAGCAUCACAGCCAGCUCCAAACGUGCCGUACCCAAAUAGUUCCCCGUACCCAGGGAGUGAAGGACCAAAGUUCACCGUGCCCACAGCUGGGACGACGUUGUUGAAGGCUGGUGAUUUUGGUUUCACUGGUCACGCCGGCCCGGCGCCCGACCCGGUCACCAUCCCGCUGCUGCCGCAGGGAGCCAACGUGCCUUAUCCGAGACCGGCCAGCCCGUACUCCGCGGCCACGGCGCCUGAACCCGCCACGCCGGACUGCGAACCGAGUCCGGCCUACAACCCGAACUACCGCGAGAAAGAUUCGACAAACAAACAAAACUGAAUACGUCCACACGACAACACACCUCACCGCUAUUAGUUUAAGAUAUAAUUUAGCAUAUUACAUUAUGUAAUAAUAAAAGGUCGCUGCCGAAUUAAUUUAAUUAAAAUCGGUUCCGACGAAAUUUUAAUCGUGACGAUUUUUUUGUCGGUAGUACUUGUAAUAAUCCGCAGAAGUCUUAUUUGCGUGUUGUGAGAACAGUGGCGGUGUAAUACAACAGCACAUUUUAAAAUGAUAAUAUUUCGUAUUUAUAUUAAGGACAAUUACGACAACUCAAUGUAUCCGAUUUCUCGAUAUAAGUUUAUAAAUGGCUCUUAAUCGCGAGAUCACGGAUUCGAUACUAUAUAUACACACUUUGUGUACAUUCAUUUUGAAAAUCACGUAUAAGGCUUCGCAAAAUGCAAAAGCAAUAAAUCGAUGUAUUGACAAUACAUACACAGAUACUCGAUGCUACCGAUUACGUAAAAUAUAUCGUCACGAUUAAAAUGAAUUUUACCAUUAUUUUUUUUUACUUUUUAAAAGUAUUUUUAUUUUUAUAUACAUGUGUGUUAACAGAAUUAUAUUGGUAAUAGAAACGUUGACGUUUUAAGAUGAUAUUAUUGAAUGAAAUUUGAAAAUGAAUGUGUUUCACAUGUUCCGGUGCCAUGUUAGAACUACCUCAGAUUAUAAAUCGCGCAAUUUUUAUAAAUGACUUUUUACUACGCACACUCCUAUAUUUUUUAUUGUAACUUUUUACAUCACGUAUUUUUCGAAUAUUAAAUUUAUUUUUAAACUGUUUUAAAUUUAUAUAGAUUAAGUAAAUUUUUUUUUAAAUUACAACUAUUUACACAAUUAUACAUACGGUUUAAUAAAGAGAUAAAAUCCAAUAAACGAAUCUUACGAGUCUGUUAGCAAGUUCUGACUAUAGCGACAUCUAUUGACCGCGGCUAAAACAACUCAACCGUUCUUUCUAGAAAGGUUUCUAAAAGUCAAAUUUUCAACAAAAACAUUCAACCAGGGGUGUCAAAGCUAGUAGAUUACACAGAAUAAUAAUAAAAUGUUUAUUAAAACAUCGUGGAUCAAUACGAUCGUCGAGCAACUGUGACGGGGAGAAGUUGUCUCAUGUCAAUUGCCUCAACUCUACUGAAUCGAAUUCAAGGAAAUCGAUACAGGUUUUUGGAAAACAAAUACAGUAAUCCCAAUCCCCCUUACAACACAGUACUCUUAUAUCGCAUGUUCAUAUUACGCGAUUUCAGUCCCUCGUAUAACACUGGUAUUCCCCUAUAUAACGCGGAUGUGUUCCAUACGCCGUCCCUAGCUAUUGUUUCUCCAUCGAGAUAAAGUUCAAUAAACAAAGACGUAUCUUAACGCUUUUGUUUAUUGAAGUGUUCUGCCGAACAACUAUAGGACGACCGUGGUGGUGGGCGAUACUCACGCUUGCUCAUCGAUGCUAAUUUUGAGUGUGUCGCUCGUCACUGCGACCCCGGUGCAGCCAAAACUCACAGACGAUCACACGAAAAUACCACUAGCAAAAAUUGUAAUAUGCGUAAUUACUGGUCGGUUGAUGUCUAUGGACUCCGGUGGUCACUUAAUACCAGGUGGGUCGCGAACAAGUCCACUUAUCCACACAUCUUAGCAAUAUGAAAAAAAACAUUUAUUUUUACUUAUUGAUUGCAUUUAGUGUUUAGUAAGACUUAAAACUCAGUGAGAACAUGGCCUAACUUAAAUACAUACUAUUGUAACUAUAGUCGGAUUUUUAAUUAGACGAAGCCAGC